AUGCGCGCCGGGCAUUGGCUCGGCGUGCUCCGGCUUCGAGCACCACAGCGCGUCUUGCUCCCGACCACCACCACUUACUACUCCCCGUCGCGGGCUGGAUAUGCAACCUGCUUCCGCUCGAUAAUGCCGCCCAGAGCCGCUGCCCACUUUCGCGUUCUGCGCAACAAGACACUCACUUCCACACUCUUCGCGAUCACCUUCGCGGCCUCGGUCCUGACCGUCGCGGCGUCUAACGUACUACCAUGCCCUGUGCGGCCUGAUCGCCUACGUUUUGCCGAGGGUAGUGGUGCCGCCGACGGCCGUCCUGUCGUUGUACAAAAGCGGCCUAGUCGUUGGAUAGAGGAACGGCCGCCGCCUGCACGGCCAAGCAAUACAUGA